AUGGCGCUUGGAAAUGCAAACUGCGAUAUCAGGUAUUUCUACACAGCAUCUUCUGGAGUCCCAAACUUCCCUUCAUACGUGUCUGUUGGGUUGGUGGAUGAUGUUCAGAUCAGUUACUGUGACAGUUUAACCCAGAACAACAUUCCUAAACAGGAAUGGAUGAAUAACAUGACUUUAGAAAAUCCAAAUUACUGGGAAGAGGAAACUAAGACAUGUCUGGGAAAACAGCAAGUCUUUAAAGCCAAUAUAAAAAUUGCGAAACAACGAUUCCACCAGACCGGAGGAGUUCACGUCUAUCAGCAGAUGUACGGCUGUGAGUGGGAUGAUGAGACUGGAGAGGUUAAAGGUUAUGAUCAGAUUGGUUAUGAUGGAGAAGAUUUCAUUGUUUUGGACCUGGAGACACUGACAUGGAUCGCUCCAAAACCACAGGCUGUCAUCAGCAAAAACAGGUGGGAUAGUGACGGAUAUGUUGCAAACCAGGAGCAGACCUACUUAACUCAGACGUGUCCUGAGUGGCUGAAGAAGUAUGUGAGCUAUGGGAGGAGAACAGAUCUUCCCUCAGUUUUCUUCCUCCAGAAGUCUUCCUCUUCUCCAAUCAGCUGCUUCGCUACAGGUUUCUAUCCCAAAGAAGCAGAAAUGUUCUGGAGGAAAGAUGGAGCAGAGAUCAAUGAUAGUAGAGCAGAGAUCAAUGAUAGUAGAGCAGAGAUCCUCCCUAACAAUGAUGGAACCUUCCAGAUGACUCUGGACAUAGAUCUGUCCUCUGUUCCACCUGAAGACUGGACCGACUAUGAAUGUGUGUUUCAGUUCUCUGGAGUCAAUAGAAACAUCACAGAAAGACUGGAGAAAACAAAAAUAAUGACCAAUGAAUGUAAGUAACUUUAAACAA